AUGGAGGAGACUGCAAUAAUGAAGAUACCUGGGAACGAGAUAAGCAAACUAGAGAAGUUUGACAGGUCCUUUUUCAAACGUUGGAAAGGGAAGAUGUAUUUCUUCCUCACUGCUUUGAAGCUCGCUCAUGUUCUGAAUGAAGAGAAGCCAGUACCACCGAUAAGCACCGAUGGAGAACCUUCCAGUGCAGAAACACUGGUUCAAAUCAAGCAACGCCAGAAGUGGGAACAAGAUGAUUUCAUGUGCAAAGGCUAUAUCCUUAAUGAACUGUCGAACUCACAAUAUGAUGUGUACAAGCCCAAAUUUGCGGACAGCGCCUCAAAGGAACUAUGGGAGGAUCUUGAUAAGAAGUACAAGAUUGAAGAUGCUGGCAACAAGAAAUUUCUCGUAAGUAAGUUAUUUGAUUAUAGAAUGCUAGGAGAUAAGUCCAUUAUUUCCCAAACCUAUGAGUUGCAAGGUCUCAUGAAUCAAAUCAUCUCUGAGGGUCAUUCUCUUGACAAAUCUUUUCAAGUAUCUUCUAUUAUUUCUAAGUUACCUUUUGCUUGGAAAGAUUGUUGGAAAGAGUUGAAACAAAAGAAAGAUGUAAUGACUAUGCCAGAGCUGAUAAAGUAUAUCUAA